AUGAGUCCCUCAGCCAACGGCACCGCCAAGCUCAAGCCCAACGUCGGCGUCUACACGAACCCCAAGCAUGAGCUGUGGCUCGCCGAGGCCAGCCCCAGCGCCGAGAGCGUCCGGAGCGGCGCCGACCUCAAGGAGGGCGAGGUCACCAUUGCCAUUCGCAGCACCGGCAUCUGCGGCUCCGACGUCCACUUUUGGCACGCCGGCUGCAUCGGCCCCAUGGUCGUCACCGGCGACCACAUCCUCGGCCACGAGUCCGCCGGCGAGGUCGUCGCCGCCCACCCCUCCGUCACCACCCUCUCCGUCGGCGACCGCGUCGCCGUCGAGCCCAACGUCGUCUGCCACGCCUGCGAGCCCUGCCUCUCCGGCCGCUACAACGGCUGCCCCAACGUCGCCUUCCUCUCCACCCCGCCCGUCCACGGCCUGCUGCGCCGCUACGUGAACCACCCGGCCGCCUGGUGCCACCGCCUCGACGGGCUGACCUGGGAGCAAGGGGCGCUCCUCGAGCCGCUCAGCGUCGCGCUCGCCGCGCUGCAGCGCGCCGCGGGGCCGCGCCUCGGCGACCCCGUGCUGAUCUGCGGCGCCGGGCCGAUCGGCCUGGUCACGCUGCUGUGCUGCGCGGCGGCGGGCGCCGCGCCGCUGGUCAUUACCGAUCUUGACGCGGGGCGGCUCGCGUUCGCGAAGAGCGUGUGCCCGCGCGUCGUCACGCACUCGGUCCAGCCGGGGUUGAGCGCCGAGCAGGAGGGCCGGCGGAUCGUGGAGGAGGCGUUUGGGGGCACGGAGCCGGCGCUGGCGAUGGAGUGCACGGGGGCCGAGUCCAGCGUCGCGGCGGCGGUGUGGGCGGCGCGCUUCGGCGGCAAGGUCUUCGUGAUCGGUGUUGGGCGGGAUGAGAUCAAGUUCCCGUUCAUGCGCGCGUCGGUGCGCGAGGUGGACGUCCAGCUGCAGUACAGGUACUGCAACACGUGGCCGCGGGCCAUCCGCGUGCUGCGUGACGGGGUGGUCGACCUGGCGCCGCUGGUGACGCACCGCUUCCCGCUCGAGGAUGCUGUCAAGGCGUUCGAGACGGCGGCGGACCCUAAGAGCGGUGCCAUCAAGGUCAUGAUUCAGAGCCUCGACUGA